AUGAAACGCGUUGGCGAAUUAUUUAUUACAGUCCCAGGGGCUAAAUUGUUAUGCAAAUUACGUUGCAAUUGUCACCAGAAUAGACAACAACUUUCAUUGACCAUUGACACUUCUCAGGCUGAAUAAAUAGGGACCCUUGAUAACUGCGUUUAACAGUCCAUUAGUGCAAUCACUCCGAGAGGUUUGGAAUAAAAGUCAUCGCCAACGGUAAGAAUUUUUUCUCAGUAUUAUCAGAUGCAAGGAAUAACUUCUAAACCGUUUCUGUUAAAUGCUGACGGUUUUCAAAGAUUUUUGCAACGAUCACAAAAGAUAUAAGUGUUUUGACCUCUCUGCAGGUGUCUCCCGCGUAUUCCUCAAAUAUACAAUAUUUCCUUUUAAUCAAUUAUUGCAAAAAUGAUUCCUAACUCAUCUAUAUUUUUCAUGUGAUAUGACUGAUAAUCGGGAGAUGGUUUUUGCUGCACUGUAUAUCUGUUGGCAUAUAUUGAUCAAACUCCUUUUGCACACUUUUUACGCGCCUUUUGCGAAUUAGUGAAAUCAUUCCCUUAUAUUAAUAAAGCUUUGAAUAAUAGUUGUUUUGUUACUUUCACAUGAAAGCGUCAGUCAAUUACCAUUUUAUUAAACUGAAAAUUUAAAAAAAAAAAAGGACCAAACAAUCAGAACUUUCUUUUAUUUUUUUUCAAACGUAGUUCAGUGUAAUGUAUUCAGUGCUAAUCUAUCUACAAAUAGCGGUUCAUAAUUAAAGUAAGAAUUUUACAAAAAAGUUAUGGCGCUAACAUAAUUAUGCUGCAUAGUUCACUAGUUUUUAAUUUUUUUUAAUUUGCCUACUGCAGAAAUGAGGUUUUUUAUGUCAUUUGCUGUCCUGUUGGCUUUUACAGGAUCAAGCCAGGGUAAGUAUGUGCCCCCGUUUGCCUGUUAGUACGGAAAUAAUGAUAAUUGUACAGAACGAAGAAAGCUUCCACCUUAACUAGUAGUUUUCCUUACAUUAAGCCGUUAAUGAACCGUCCGCAACCAAGUACGUUCUUCAACCAUGCACAACCAAAAAGCUCUUGAUGAUCUUAAAAAGGAAUGGACGCAAGAAAUCAAGCCAAGUUGUGAUAUUCUAAUUGGUGGUUUUGGAUCAUUUCUGAUAGCAUAUCAAGAUAAUCUCAAGUUCAAAGCAAAAGUGCCUUAGCCUUUGUCAAUUAGCCACAUAGAUGUGCGCGCCCGAUACUGCCGCGUUUUUUUCAUAAUCACUGUGCGUUUGUUGUUAAUUAAUUAAAAUUAUUCAAAUUGAUACAUGCAUAAAUGAGACGGCAUGAGGUUCCGGCGGGAAGUUUUGAGCAUACUUUCAAAUGAGUUUCACCUUUCUCGUGUCUGUAUUAAAAAAAAACAAAACCGAAAAAAAAAGAGAUUUUUCGUUUGCUGCAUACUGCAUUCCCAGCCAUUCUUUAAUGUUCAUACCUUUGCAUUUGGUUCACCAAAUGUAAAUUAAAUAAUGAAAAGAAGAAAUAUUCAACAAAAGAGAAAAAAGAUAAUCUUUCGUAGUUCAUAUCUGCUAAAUGCACAGAAUCUUAAUAAUGACUGAAUAAUGUCUGAAGUAAUUCUAUCAUAAAGGUCGACUGAUUCCACGUGACAAGAUCGUCUUGAACAAAAAAGAGGCAUUCGAUUUCUUUGGCUUCUUUAAAGAUAUCGACCACGAGUGUUAUGAGGAAGGUUGCACUUUUGGUGAGGUUGUCGAUCAUUAUGGCUACAAGGAAAAAUCGGUAAGAUUUUUUUGGGUGGGUUAUUUUAAAGUGAUUGUUGUAGCUCUUGUUAUUGAGUUUGUGCGCAGUCCUCUCUCUGUCAACAUAGUUAGUCACGUAAUUUCAAAGAAGUGAAUACAAAGGUAACGCAAGGUGAAAACUAAGAGUGGGAAGCGUUGCCCUCUUGCUCCCAGUCUCUGUGUGACAAUUAUUCAUUCGCCACUAAGUCAAUAAUUUUCAUUUAUCUAUUUUUCAUGAUUAAUCUUGACUCAUCUGAUAGUGAAACUGGAUCUGUGUGUAGAAGAUGUCUCAUCGAGAUGUCGGCGCGAGUUUAUACUUUGCGCCAAUCCCACAUCCAGCUAAUUAGACUGGAGUCAAAAGAAAUCAGAAAUAAAAAAGUAUCGUCUGUCCAUUAAUCAGUAAAUUCCUCAUAACUUCAGUUUAACAGUAUACUUUCACCGGCUGAAUCUGUGCAAUAAUACAAGAGAGCGAUGAAGACUAUAGAUUGUUACUUAUUGUCACGUUGAGGUAGUAAUAUUUGUUUUGUCUUGGUAAAUUACAGUACGAGUAUUGGAACACUUACCAGUGCGAGAAAUUUCAAAAAGGCUGUACAGGUAUUGUGAGUGGUAACUGUAUUACGUUCCCUGAUGCAAACAUUAGGGAGUCUAAUACGCCAUGCAUUACGAUAACGUGUGGUAAACGUUACGAAAAAACGAAAUUUACUUUCCUCUAAAGCUUUUGCCAUCUGUAGCUCGGUUGCGUUUAUCUUCGCUUCGGCAUAACAUAUGAAUAUAGCGUUGAGCUCAAAUUAAAAACUUGACUGAAUUGCUGUCGAGGUUUCAUUGCUAAGAGGACGUAAAAGUUGGUGAUUUCGCGUUUCAGAUCUGAAUGCACGGGACGGCUAAGAAAUGUACAAAGUAUUGAAACGCACGUGUUUCCCUUUUGUUCUGCAAAUUAAAUAUUUUGUUUUGCGACGUUCUCGCCUUUGCCGUCGUGGUUAUCUUAAAGUCCUUAUCAUCAUCAUCACUGUGACCGUUGAUAACCCAUCGUCAUCAUUGACUGCAUCAUCAUUAUUGUUAACAUUAUUAUAAGUGUACUUCUACUGCUUCCUUUUUUUAGAAAAAUUGAAAAUUUUUCCUAUUGUUAAAUGUUGUGUAAAUUGGAAAGAGUAAUCACCCAAUAAAGCAGCUGUGGAGAAACAAAUGACUACUUAGCGGAUUUUUUUCACCUUACAAUCAUAAUCGUCAUCCUAAUUAUGCAAGCGCCUAUCAGCAUGUUAUUUCUGUGGUGUUUUAAAAGCGACUGGGCCCUACAGAGGCUUAAACCCAAUAAUCUAAGGUUAGACUGAAGAUGAUUCUAUUCCUAAUGUGUUUUAGACAAAGAGUGCCGUGGGAACUCUGUUGGAAUUGAAGAUCCGGAUAAAGUUUCCGGGGGAGGAAUUGUCGCUUCCUCAUGGCUCAGAUCAAACUUAGAUUUCGCACCAUCUCAAGGGAGAUUGCACAACGAAAAAGGAUCCUGGUGCGCAGAUAAGCAAGAAGAGGAUCCAAAACCGUAUCUUCAGGUAAGGAUAGGUUUUUUUUUUUUGUACUUUGCUUUAGAGAUUAAUUAAAAAGUACAUUCGGACUGUCCAUUUCGUUCUCUCUUCAAGGAUUUUCGUCUCUGCUCACGUUAUAAUAAUGUGCGCUUGGCAUGUUUAUAAGCCUUUUUUUGGUUCUUCUGUUGCAACUCACUGGCUCGCUUGUUCCGAAAUGUCAUUUUCAAAUAAGGAAAAAAGCUAAAGGGAAGUCAGGGAAAUGGCAGAUGGGGUGAAAGCUUUAGCUCAGCUUCAUGUUUUGUACUCUGAUUGAGCGCGCUCUUUCAACCGAUGGCAGGGCGCGUUAUAUCCAAACUUCAUUAUAAAUAAAGUUGGUUCACACCACAAGUGUAAAAAGUGCUUUUCGCGCGCUCUGACUCGCUAAUUUGGAAUAUUCACCUUCUUGCGACGGAAGAGAAAAACUCGCGCGUCAAAAGUUUAAUUCACGGCCGUUUUGCGGUAUACUGACAGAAAUAAACCCAUUUUUCCGGUAUAUACUAAAACGAUUAUAUACCUCAGUGUCAAUGAAAGUGGUGGGUAUUUACUUCCCCUUCUGUGGUAGUUAUUAACUAUUACUCCUGCUCUUAUGAGACGACAAAGGAAAAGGUCGUCCGAAUUCCACAACUACUGUUAGUAUAACUAACCUCUACGUCGAGAAAUUAAGAUAUUAACCAGUAGGAGUCUAAAUUUAAGCUUGCUUUAAGGUAAAUCGGAUUGAACCUUCUCGUGUACGGGUACCUCAACGUACAAGGUUGGAGUGUAAUGCAAUUAAAAAACAUUCGCAGGAACAGUCGAAAUAAAAAUUCAUAUCCCGCUAAUCAUUAGGUCGAGCUUCCACUGCGUACUGGAGUUUGCGCAGUAGCUACACAAGGAUCAGCUCUGUACGAUACCGACUACGUCACGAAAUACGAAAUCCAAACCUCAUUGGACAAAGGGAAUUGGGUAACAUAUCAGGAAAAUGGAACGGACAAGGUAAAUUAAACAUGCAUAAACCCACCCAAUAAAAUUAUCGCGCCUCACUCUCUAUUAGUAACCCAAGCUAUCAAAAGCCGAACCUUAGAAUUUAGGAUAUUUUCGUCGUUGAGAGAAAGUAUCAGCUUCAAAUCCUUGAUAUCUUCUUAAAUUUCUCCAAGUCAAGCUAGUUGAGACGAUUCAAAAUUUGAGUUUUUUAUAAGAAUCUCUCGAUAACUUUGUUUCUUUUUUAUUCGACAGAUUUUUCACGGUAACACUAACGCCGAUCACAUGCUAAAAAUAAACCUCGAUCAACCGGUUCUGGCCAUGUUUGUCCGGUUUGUCAUAAAAGAAUUCGUCGAAUGGCCGUGUAUGCGCGUUGAAGUUUACGGUACACCUGCAAGUAAGUCAUUGAAAAGAAUUGAAAAACUUUUCAGUCGAUCAAAGAUUGCUUGUUCGCAAUCUUUCAUUUGAAUAAUUAGUUAUAACAACAUUUAGUUAUGGCAGUCUAGUUAGCGACAGUUAGAACCAAUUUGCACGACAGUAAAAUGAAAGUGCUUCUCAAUAGAUCUCGUUUAGGAGGCUACAAAGACACAAUUUGAGAUUAACCGUUUUUAGGGUUCUUUUUAAUAAUCAACAAUGUCACAGAAGAGUAAUGAUGGUGGGUAAAUGUAGUAGCUUUCAGAACAAGGGCCCCCUCCCUACCUCUCUCGACACUACAUAAACAAAGUGAGAGGGGUUCAUCGACGUAACGAAUGCUUCAAUACUUUUAUUUUUGUAGAUUGUACUGUUAGGACAAAGGACAACGAAUGUUGUGUGUUUCCCUUCAUGUACAAAGGAGAGAGACACUUUUCAUGUUUAUCAUCUUUAUUCAACGGCGAUUGGUGUGCGACAACACACGACUAUGACAAAGAUAAAAAAUGGGGAGAGUGCUUAGGUCUGUUGAAGAUUUUUGUGUUGGACUUAAUUAUAUUCACCGAACUUACAGGAAAAAAAAAAGAAUUAAGGAUUCCAUGACCUACUUCCUGGACGCUAAGCGGGCGCUAUUGCGAAUUUAGUUGCGAAGCCAAAUGACAGGAGUGUGGAAGAUUCCAGACCUUAAAUUUUUGUAAGAAAUCUGAUAGAAAAUAAACCUUGAAAUGAAUCAUACAGGACACUAAGAUAACUUUCAAUUGAGUCUCAGAAUAAAUUAAAGCAGUCUUAUUCCUGAAAGACUUUGGAAGGCAUUUUAAUGAUCAUUUAAGGUUUCCAAUUGGUCACUUCUCAAUUGUAUCGAAAUUUUUCUCUUUUUCGCAGAAGGAGACUUGAACGCAUGAAGUAGGAUGCAAGCCGAAAUCACCAUGCAACAGCAGAUCCUACUUACGUUUGAAUCAAGAUAGCACCUUGUAAAGAAGGCCUGGCCUUCAGCACGUAUGGGUUUCUUUCAACCAGCGUUUAUCAUUACAAGUACUUGACAAUAAGGGUAAUUUCACUUUCUGUACACAAUUCACUUAAUAAACGUGUUUUUUCACGAACUCCCCUCUGUUUGGCUUUUGUUCUGGGCGAAGUACGCGAGGAGUUUUCUUCCCGAAGUGGGGAUGGUGCACAUGGCCUGAGCCCCUUUCUCCUCUCCUGCGGGUUGAUCGGGCGAUACAAGUGUACUAUGCACCUUACACUUAGGCUUUUUGACGGAUUAUCAAAAUUAAUAGCGCUGGAAUUAGAGCUGAAAUAUAACGGUGAGGGUCUUCGCAGAUACCGACCGAAUAGGCAAAAUUGCUCACCUUGUUGAUAGACCAAACAAAUUCACUGAAAUCCAUUUCCACCUUCGAAAUUGAUAUCUACAGAAGUCUUUGAGAAAACAUCCACGAGUUCGAAAAAAACAUCCGAAAAAAAGAAAACAAGCAAUCAAUAACUUUUGUAGACCUGCCUACUGACCUCUGCUGAAAUUUAUAUCAGAGCUCGGUCACAUCUCUUUCCGCACAGAAUUCUCAAUCGCCAAUGAGGGUCGCCACGUGACUGCGAAUAAUGGGAAAGAUACCAGCUAUUUAUAUGCGCAUGCUUCCGGUAUUUCAUACAACAAACUUGGGAUUUCUCCCUCAGUUUUAAAGAACAGCAAGUAUGUAUAUGGACAAUACUUGCCAGGAACAAUGUUUCUCAAACUAUAGGCACUAUUUCAUCGGCAAGAUUAGGCAAGCAAGACAAACGCACCAAAUCAAUUAAGUCAUCACAUCUUUUUUCCUCUGGUGCCUGGUUCAUUCAACCAUUGUGAAAGUUUCCCGUCAUUUGCAUUUCCUUUUGGCAAAUAUUGAUCUUCAGCACCCCUAAUCCAUUCAUUGAUAAAAAAAAAUACUUUUUUUAUUAAAUUAGCUGUAUUUGCAUGGUGAAUACAUCGGGACCUUCUUUUGUCGAUUGAGAGUUAACCAUCUUUAAUUAUCACCUGAACCUUAAAGCGGGACAUAUUGACAAGCGUUAAAAAACUACAAUCGUUCUCAACGGAGAGAAGACGCCUCCAUAAGCUUCAAACACAAAUAUGCUCCGUGUUAUAUUCACUUUAACUCUUGCAGCCAGAGUUUUGUACUCCUCAAGUAAGUCUUUUUGAUCAUCCUUUCUUUUAUAUUUUCUUAUUUUCAGAGCGUGUUCUUUUUUUUGAGAUCUAGUUCUCUUCAAUUUCGUUUUAGACCCUGAUUGCCGCGACAAUUCUCUCAGAGUUGAAGAUUUCAAAAGAGUUUCCGGUGGAGGAAUUGUUGCUUCCUCUUGGUUUUCACCGUACUCAGAUUUCGCGCCAUGUCAAGGAAGAUUAAACAACCAGAAAGGAACAUGGUGUUCGAAUCGGCCAGAAAAAGACCCCAGACCGUAUCUUCAGGCAAGGAAUUAGCUUUUUUUCUCUCUGCUCAGGGGUACAAGGCAACUGUUUCCUUGCUCUAAGGUGAAAAGCCACAAAAUCCAGCCGAAUGUCCUAAGCACUGGCCUAAUGAUGAGCCAGUGAACUGACCGUGUACGAAAGGGUUUUAUGGUUUUAUAUUUAAUCCCUGAGUGAGAGGAGCGCCAUGAAUAAGAUUGAAUCUCACGAGCAAUUCUGUCAGAUUUCAACUUAAUUAAAUGGCAAUAAUAGUGACAAUACCCUAUAUUUAAAAUAAAUGACAACGAAGACGAUGUUGACUUCAAUGGCAAGAUGGUAAUGAUGACAAAAGAGAUUCUUCUCGGUCGAUAUCAAAGGCACUGCUAACAUCUCACGGUUAUCCAUAGGUCGAGCUUCCCCAGCGAACUCGAGUUUGCGCAGUAGCCACACAAGGAUCAUCUAUAUAUGCAACUGACUAUGUCACAAAAUUUGAAAUCCAAACCUCGCUGGACAAGAGGAACUGGGUAACAUACAAAGAAAAUGGCACCAACAAGGUAUAAACAUCUUUUGGUGGAACAAGCUUGUUGAUUUUAAAACUUACAAAUUGAGAAGACCUCAUAACCACGCACUUUUAUAAAACAUCCAUGUAUUAUUUAUUUUGAAACUUCAUCGAAAACUAGAAAAGUACAUACGUGAAUUUGCAUUUGGCUCUUAUCACAUUUUCAAAUUCAGUAUGUCAGUUCCGACUUACGAUGGGUUGUUUCCAGAGAAGUUACUAGCGGAUCUCUCUGAAGCUCUUUCUUUCCAACAGACUCACACAAUUCAAAAAAUCUAUUUCUUUUCAUCCUUUAUCAUUCAACAGAUUUUUAAAGGUAACACUGACGCAAAUUAUAAGCUAAAAAAGAACCUCGGUGAACCAGUUCUGGCCAUGUUUGUCCGGUUUGUUGUCAGAGAAUAUAACAACUGGCCGUGCAUGCGCGUUGAGGUCUACGGAGAACCAACUUGUAAGUCAGAAGGAGAGAAAAACCUUAAAAAAUCUUGAAUUCAACUCUGGUAAUCAUGAUAAUUGUAAAUUUGAUAUUUAAUCUAUUUCAUUUUGCAGAUUGCACUGUGAAAACAAAGGACAAUGAAUGUUGUGUGUUCCCAUUCAUGUUCAAAGGAGAGAGAUACUUCACAUGCAUAUCAUACUCGUUUGGCAGAAAAUGGUGUGCGACAACACCCGACUUUGACAAAGAUGCCAAAUGGGGAAAGUGCUGAGCUUUUCCAUUCAAGGUUUUUCUAGUUUUUCAGACUUUACAGAAUUUGUUAGGAACUGCUGUUUGUUUCCUGUAACGUGAUUGACUAAUUUUUUUGCGCGCUUUUGAUAAAAGAAAAAGCGCGAUAAAUCAAGUUGUUUUAGCGAGUUUCAGAGAGGAAAGACUGAUGAGCGUAAGGGAACCUUUAGACGACCUAAAACAACGUUUCAAGCUAAGUUAAGUCCGAAAGGAAAUUAAAAGAAAAUCUUGUAUUCAUAUCAAGAGCAAUUUCAGGGGCAGGAAACGAUAAAACCCAGAGAGAGGGAGAGUGCGAGUCGCCGGCAAGUUUGAGCUUUUAACCCAUUGAGCACUUCAUCGUUAUCUGAAGGCUGGUCUCAAUUAUCUUCACUUUUUUCUUUUUGUUCUUUUUCAACAGAAAACUAGAAGUAAAGAGCAAGAGGCCGAUGCACUUGCAGUUUCUACAUUUGAAAGAAGAAAACAUUAUUUUUAGAUAGCCUUGUAGCUUUGAAAAGCGUCUUACAUCAUACGUAGGUUUAUCAUUACAAACACGUAAAGCAAGAGAAUAUGUAUUUAAUAAACAUGUUUGCUCACGAACUCCUUUCACCUCGGUAAAUUUAUUUUGAAUGGGCUUAGUCCUCCUGCGGCCUUGGCUAAGAGCAGGUCUCCUGAAGUUGUAAUACUAGUGCACAAUCCCCGCGCUCCUUUAUCUAUGCGCUAAGUUCCUUAUCAAUUUUCUCCUUACGAGGAUUCAGUUCAAACUUGUAUAUUUAAGAAUGAAUUUUGCCAACACUCAUGAAGCGCUGAAACAAAAGGAAGUGACGAUCCAUCCGAAAAAAAAGCAAGAUCAACGCACCCAAUUAAUUUUGCUUCAAUUCACGCUACGGUGUUACUCGCCCAACUAUUGUAAUUUCCAGCCAAUUGUUUUCCUAAAUUGUAAAUAUUGACCUAAAAAACAACCUUUAGCCCAUUUUCUGAUAAGCAAAUUUAUUUGCAUUAUUAGCCUAGCUGUGUUUGCUUUUAAACUAUAAAAACCUUUAAUGAAUAUUUUGAUCGACAUAUGAAUUCAAAUGUUUUCCGUUUAUUGAAGGUUAGCCGUUUUUUUAGCUGCGCCAUCGGCGGGAGGCGGACGCGUAUAAAGCAAACCGUAAAAAACUAGACUCCAUCCCUGCACAGAUCAAAAAGCUCUUUACAAGCUCAGUCAACGAAAUGUUCAGGGUGAUUUUCGCCUUAGUCUUUGCGACUAUCUUUCAUGUUUCCUCAAGUGAGUCCAAUUAUUGUGGAAUCUUUUUGUGAUUGUCAGACAAUGUCCUAAGAUUGUAAAGUUCUGUUAAAUCUGAGAUUAUUUUGCUAAACACAGGCCUUUCUCACCGAGCUCAAGAUGUUGUGGUAAGCAAAAAAGAGGCCACGUCAUUUUACAAACGCUUCUUUCUGGACAAUGACAUCUACGAAGAAUGCUACGGAGAGGAAUCAUGUGACUUCGAAGAAGUCGUCGAAAAGUACGGUCAUUCGGAACAGUCGGUUGGUCAAAUUUGAUUUUAUCUUUAUUACGAACGAGUCGAAUAUUCAUCUCUUAUCGGCAAAUUAGUCAUUUUUCAAUAAUUUCCGUAUCAAUGUCAAAUUUCAUCGACCAAUUGCUGUUAUGCUCUUAAUGCUUGUGAUAGACACUUCAACUUUACGCGGGAAAUUUGAUUGAAAUAAUAUAUUUAUUUAAAUACAUAACUAUUCCUUGAUGUUUUUUUUUCCUGUUGAAAGAAAGUUGAUAUCAAUCCAACCAGAGACAAAAGCUAGUCGUUAAAGAUAGCGGUGUUGUCUGUUAUUUUAACAAGUAUAUUACUUCUAACCUCUGUAAUACAACCUGGCAGGUAGUGGUUUUGGAUAGGAAUUGGAAGACCUAUUUAACCAUUUUUAGGCAUAAUUAAUUGAGCAAUAGACAUAACAUAUUUACUGAAUGAAUGAUUAAAGUAUCGGCAUUGAUAAAGUGAAAGUAAAUCGAGAAAAAUUUGUAAAAGAUCUUGGAGGAGGAGGUUAGGUUGCGGAAUGUUUCGGUUUUGUUUGCUCAUAGUUUAGCAUAUAAAAAGGAAAUGGCUCUUUCAUUUGAUUGUGUCUGGGCUUACAUCAACGCUUUCUUUGCAGUAUGAAUACUGGAACACGUAUACUUGUAACACCACCAAUAAACGCUGUAAAGGUAAGUAUCCAAGAUCAACUUUGAUUCAAAAGGUCGCACGCAUGGUUUUGAAAUAACGAAGAUAACUUCUAUCUCCCAUAAGGGAAGGGUCAAAUGUACCUUACCCACUAUCCCCCCCUUCCCCCGCACCCUCUUAGUUGUGCCUGUUUCUUUUCUACAUACAUCAACCAUUCAGACGUCGCCUGCCGUGGUUACCCAAUCGGAAUGGAGAGCGGAAAGAUCUCGGAUGAAAACAUCGUUGCCUCCUCGUGGCAGGAACCCUUCCAUGCCUUCCGACCUGAGAAGGGUCGUCUACACAAAGAUAACGGUGUAUGGUGUCCUAACACGUUGGGAGAAGUUGACAAGGGAUAUUACCUUCAAGUCGAGUUUCCAGGUCGAUACAACAUUUGUGCAGUUGCUACUCAGGGUUCACCUCUGUAUGAUACAGACUGGGUGACAAAAUAUCGACUUCAAUACUCCAUGGACGGGCAGAACUUCACGUUUUACACCGAAAAUGGGGAGGUCAAGGUAAGAUUUACCUCUCCGCCAAACUGACUACAUAGCUGGUAAAUCACUGAAUUAUUUGUUUAUUAGCGCCCGAUGUAUAGGGCUAAGUAUCGUAAUAAUAAAACCACAGCAAUCACAAUAGCCAAUCAGAGCAAAGAAAAUAUUGCAAAUAGCCAAUGAGAACAUAACGUAUUACAUACUGUUAAAAGCGCGUCAAACUCGGGUGACCAAUGGAGCAAGUCGCAUUUCAGUUUUAAAUUCGUUGAUUAAGAGGGUGGCAUGAGUUUUCUGGACCAAUAAUAGAGAAAAUAAACGCAAAAAUUAAGCGAUCCUUGAUGAUCUUCGACACUACAAUCCUCGAUUACUUUUGGCAAUCAAUCAAAAUUUUAUAAUAAGAAAUCCGUCCUGCUCAAAAUCAAUUCAAUGAUCCUCGGCACCUCAUGAUUCUUUCAGGAGUUUUCCGGUAACACGAACGCUAACGAGAUGGUAAAGAAUGACUUAAACCGACCAAUCACUGCGCAUUUCAUCCGCUUUGUCCCCGUUGAAUGGAACUACAAGCCUUGUAUGCGUGUUGAGGUCUAUGGAUCAGCCAUUGGUAAGAGUUAAACUCACCUUUUCCUGAGCUGGAACCGAAAAUUUUCGUGUGGCUUGGAUAAACUUGGCACUCUCUCCCCCUCUUAUACACUUUUCUACUCGCCCCAAGCUUUCCUCGAUCUUGCAAUUCAACACUCGAUGCUAUACAGGCUGGACCUAAAAUGUAUUAACCCCUAAACUCCUAAGAGUGAUAAGCAUCUAAUUUCUCCCAACAUUAUAAUCCCUAAAUCAAACAUUAAGUUCAUGACAAUAAGGGAAAUGAUCCCAAACUUAAGAAGCCCUUGAUUGUUAGACAAGUUCUCUUUGCAAGCACCAAAGGAAAUGUAAAGGGAACGAUAAGGAAAACGUGUAUAGUGAUUGUAGGCGCAAGAAUUUGUAUUAUCAUUUUUUGUUAGUGUUGGUGUUUCAUAGUUUCGUGUUAGGUGUUUAUUUUCUCGUCUUCCAUUAGUGUCCUUUGUCAGUUACCAGUUUUGUACUUGUUAUAUUUAUUUGCAUAUCGUAUAUAUAUUGGUUGCGCGUAAUUUAUUUGGUUAGUUGUCUAGUUUGCGAAAAUUGUCGUUACAUAUCUAGCUCUGGGUUUCAUGUUUCGUCUUUGGUUUGGUCACAUUCGUCUUUUACAAAAUAUAGCCGCAAACGCUAAUCACUCGUAUUCAACAAUGUGUCAAGUUUGUUCUAGUAAAGUUUGAAAUACGAGUGAUUAGCGUUUGCGGCUAUAGUGAUGUUAGGGCGUAAAGAGUGAAGACUUGUUCAGAGAUAAUAACUGUCUGGUUUUGCUUUGUUAUUUAAGCCUGUCCCUGGAAAACGAAGAACGACAAGUGCUGUGUGUUUCCAUUCACAUACAAGGGAAAGAAGUACUACAAGUGCAUUGUAGACUGGGUCUGGAUGCCAUGGUGCGCAACAACUUCGAACUUUGACAAGGACAACGAGUGGGAGAACUGCCUUCCAAGUACGUACUGA